AUAGGAACCAAAACUGAAAGCAUAAAGAGAAACCUAGCAAUUUGGAUCAAAGAUAAUGAUGACAAAAAAAACAGACAUGCUCAAUACAAAAAGGCAAAACCUGCUGAAGAACAUGCUCCGUCUCAACCUAUAAUUCCUUCACCAUCAAGCAAUGAACCACCAUCUCCGGCCACUCUAGCUUCAGAUAGCUCUUCCUCUACUCCAAUUAAGGCCACAUCACCAUCCAACAGAAAAAAAAGACCAUCAAGAAAGCAACCAUCGCAGCAUCACCUUAAAUCUCACUCACAUUUACUGUCAACUUCAAAUGGCAGGUGA